UUGGGCGGCUGUUAAAGGAACAGAACUUUUGCAAAUUGAGCCGACCAACCACGAAAGAUAUUUCUCUGCAAAUUAUCUCCGCGACCAAAGCAAUCGGCUAUAUCAUACUUCAAAAACUAUCUUUAUCAAGCUGAAGGCGCCUAUCAAGUCUGGAAAUUAAAGGCCACAGUCUUCGAGGGAGGAGAGUUCCUUUUUUUCGUUGCAGAAGUCAUUGAAACUACCUAGGCCUAAGUGCCAAGCUUAGGUCUGUGUUCAUUCAAGCGAUUGUAUAACUGUCAGUGAACACGCGCGCUGGUCAGUGUAAAACUGGAAAGAAAAACAUUACCAGGAGCUUCUGAGUUCAGUUUAUGUCAAUGGGAGUAAUUUAUCGAUGUUUAAUGUUUUACGUGAUUUUAACAACUGUUUGCUGAGUGAUACCUGAUAAGAGGCUUCAUCAUGGCAGGCAUGGCUUCUCUUUUUUCGUUUACCUCCCCUGCCGUAAAGCGACUAUUGGGAUGGAAACAGGGUGAUGAAGAAGAAAAAUGGGCCGAGAAGGCCAUAGACUCGCUGGUAAAAAAGCUCAAGAAAAAGAAAGGAGCGCUGGAGGAACUAGAAAAAGCAUUGUCGAACCCAAAUUGUGUGUCGAAGUGCGUCACUAUCCCAAGGAGUUUAGAUGGAAGGUUGCAAGUAUCUCAUCGGAAGGGUCUCCCUCACGUUAUUUACUGUCGCGUAUGGAGAUGGCCUGAUUUACAGUCUCAUCAUGAGCUGAAGCCACUAGAUUGCUGUGAAUAUGCAUUUAGCCUUAACAAAAAGGAAGUAUGCAUCAACCCUUAUCACUAUCGAAGAGUAGAAACCCCAGUACUACCACCAGUCCUUGUCCCAAGGCAGAGUGACUUCCCCAGGCCCACGGGCCCGAUGCCAUACCACAUGCAGCAUAUGUCAUCUGUCCAUGGAAUGCCAGGAAAUGCAGGAUUCCCACCAAACUUUCAAAGACCUACUCCUGGUCCAGAAACACCACCGCCUGCUUAUAUGUCCGAAGAUGGAGGGAGUCCACGGCCUGAUCCAAACUCAAUGGAAACUGGAGACACGGUGCCACCUGAUGUAACCCCUAUUACGUAUCAAGAACCAACUCAUUGGUGUUCAAUUGCCUAUUACGAGUUGAACAGUCGUGUUGGAGAGCCGUUCCAUGCCUCAAACACCAGUGUUGUCAUUGAUGGUUUCACAGAUCCAAACAUCAACAGUGAUAGGUUCUGUCUUGGAGGCAUGUCCAAUGUUAAUCGCAACUCUACGAUUGAGAACACUCGACGUCAUAUAAGCAAAGGAGUUCAUUUGUAUUAUGUUGGUGGGGAGGUCUUUGCAGAAUGUCUGAGCGACAGCGCCAUUUUCGUCCAAAGCCGCAACUGCAACUACCACCAUGGUUUCCAUCCUACGACAGUGUGCAAAAUUCCGCCUGGCUGCACGCUCAAAAUAUUCAAUAAUCAAGAGUUUGCUCAGUUGCUUUCUCAGAGCGUUAAUCAUGGCUAUGAAGCAGUUUAUGAAUUGACAAAGCAUUGCACUAUACGGAUGAGUUUUGUCAAAGGCUGGGGAGCCGAAUACCAUAGACAAGAUGUAACAAGUACACCCUGCUGGAUCGAGAUUCAUCUGCAUGGUCCACUUCAGUGGCUAGAUAAAGUUUUAACUCAGAUGGGGUCGCCUCACAACCCUAUUUCUUCAGUUUCAUAACUUCGAAGGGGUACUCCGGGACAUAGUUAUUGUAAAAAUAUUAGAUUUUAAUAGCGGACACUUUGGUUUUGUAACAGUAACCCAUUUGCCAGUUUUACUGACAAAAGAUAAGGCAUAACUGCUCUUAGUGCGAGGCAGAGAAGGGACAGUUAGUCGAGUAUUGCAAGCAGCAAGUUAUGACACUAUUGAUACUAAUGAUUGUCAACAUGAAACUAAUUGACUUUUCUGGUAGCAAAAGGAGCAUAAUCGAAAGCUUUGGACUUUGCUUUGCAGCUAGAUAGUGUAAGCUGCUACUUUUGCAAGCCUUUAUCACGUCGAUUUCUUCUGUGCAAAUGGGAGGGUAAGAAGUUUUGUCAGCCCAAUCAGAUUUUGAUCUAAUAUUAAUAUGAACUUUCACCGAGAUUAGGACUUUUUAAAUUAAGACAGUUGGCAGAGAACCUUGCCGACAACUUAGGUGCUUUGACUAGAGCUUAUGAGUUCAGACUUCUGCUUUCUCAAGCUAAAAGUAUACAUGGAAGUAUUUUUUAAUCAUAAGUGUUCUAAUUUUCAUUAUUUUCGCUGGUACUGCGUUGUGUAAGAAGUACUUCCAAUUAUGUUUUAUCCUUUUUUCCUUAUUAAAGAGAGGGAUAUGUAGUCAUGUCGAUUGUAAGUGGCAAAAGAAGAAGAUGACUAAAUGGCUCUGGCAUCGUGUUGGGCAAUGGGUUUCGACAUAUCAAGUGACUUUUUGCACAUAGAAUGCAUGUUUCAUGGUUUAUGUUUUUAUUUUAUCUGACUGCACUCAUUCAGCUUUAAGCUUUUCAAAUUUCAGAAUCAUUGCUCGUUUGCUGUUGUGAGACCACCGAUUAACCAUUUGAGCUUGUUUUCUGCAUUUUGCUAUACAGAUGUUAUAAAUCAAAGCCAAAUGUUACUCUUUGUGAAUUUAGGAUAUUGAGCAACUGGUUAUUUGAAUCAUAUAAAGUGACAAGCCAUCGCAACAGAGACUAUGAGUAGUUUGGGAUGACUGGUGGCUGAUGACGACAGUUAGUCAUCUCCGUUACUUGAACAGGGUGUUGGGGGGCUUUUGUCUUUCGAAGCCCAUUUGAAGGAGGCAUUUGGAAGAUGCCUCUACCUUCUACCAUAAAAGAAUAACACCGUUUUAUUUCUGAUCGUCGUCCCUGCAUUGCUUAGUUUUAUUUGAAAGAUAGAAGCAAAUUAUGCGAUUUUGGCUUGAUGACGAUGACAGAAAGGUACCUAGUCGGCGGUUCUGAGUUUCCGCUAUUCUGCGUUCAAAUGGCCUGUCCAAGAUAUAUCACGAACCCUGAACCGACACCUUGUGUGCGCUUUUUCAAAAAGUCUUCGUCCUAAAGUCUUUUUCACAUGCUCCUAAUUAGUUUGGAAUAGUUUUGUUAUCAAGAAUAUUUUGCUUGCCGCAAUGCGUUGGCCGACUGGGAUACCCAUCACCAUCAAUGCUAGAUUAAGUUUAUGCGCACAAAUACAUUUAGAAUUGCAAGUAAUAUGUACUUAGCUUUGGUGCUCUUCGAGAUGUUAUUAGUAGUUAGAAUUAGAAAUAAUCUUUUAAAUUGUUCGUUGAGAAGCAUUUAAUGGGUAGUUGCAGGAGUAGACAAGAUAAUAGUAGAAUUCAAAUCUAAACAUUGUUUAGAUACAUUUUCUAAUGCUACUCUUCAAUAUCUGGUCGUAUACUCCAAAGCCACUGCUCAAAUCUUUAUUAUAAAUCGUUAUUUCGUUGAUUCAUAGUUGAUUAAGACAUAACUUGAGGUAUUUAAUUUCGAUGCAGUAAACUUGUUGUAAAA